AUGGACAAAUCAUUUUUCACAUUCCUCACGCUUUGCGCGGUUGUACUCUCCGCUCUGCCAGUGUCUAACGGAGUUGGGCCGGUAGGAGCCCACGACUACCCCAAAUCAGUCCAAAAAUGGUACAAAAAAAUCGCUAAUGCAAACAAGAAGGUGACCCAGCUUCAUUUCUACCUUCACGACCUAGUCGGCAGACCCAGCCCAACAAACGUCCCGAUUGCAGCGGCAAACUCAACUGCCCGAUCGUCCACCUUAUUUGGGCUGAUUGGAGCGAUGGAUGAUUUGCUCACUGUUGGGCCCAGCCCGGAUUCUGAGAUUGUGGGCCGGGCCCAAGGGCUUCUCCUCGCAGCCUCGCUGGAAGAGAUAGCGUAUCAUAUGACGUUUAGCGUUGUUUUCACGAAUAGAAAGUUUAACGGUAGCACGCUAAGCCUGGUCGGGCACAACCCAUUUUUGCACGAAAACCGUGAGCUGGCAAUUGUGGGCGGGUCCGGUUUCUUCCGGCUGGCUCGGGGUACAGCUGUGUUGAAGACUCUGACUUAUAAUUCUACGUCUGGUGAUGCAAUUGUUGAGUACAAUAUUAUUGUGUUACAUUAUUAG